AAAGCCUGGGCACAGGGGCAAAUGAGUCAAUUACAGUGAAGAAGAAGAUAACAAGCCCAGAAGGCCUUGUAGAGUUAUUUAUCUAUCCAAUGCUCACAAACUCCUUCUCUCACUGACAAAAAUGGCUUCCUCGGUCACUUGCUCUUUUCAAACCAGCAACUUGAGAUCUGCAUUAUGGGGGAAAAGAAAUGGAAUUCGUAUUUCUAGUUUUCCUGUCACUCGUGUUGGCGUCGUGAGGAAGACAGUGGAAUGUAAAGAAUCAAGAAUUGGAAAGCAACCAAUUGAAGUGCCAGCAAAUGUUACACUUACAUUAACUGGCCAAGAACUUAAUGUCAAGGGUCCACUGGGGGAGCUUGCUAUGACUUAUCCAAGGGAAGUAAAACUUGAUAAACAAGAAUCAGGGUUGUACAAAGUCAACAAAGCAAUGGAGACAAGAAGAGCUAACCAAAUGCACGGCCUCUUUCGGACUCUUACCAGCAACAUGGUGGUAGGCGUAUCUCAGGGAUUCGAUAAAAAACUUCAACUGAUUGGUGUGGGGUAUCGUGCAGUAUUAGAAGGGAACAUAUUAGUGUUAAGUCUGGGGUUUUCUCAUCCAGUCAGAAUGACAGUCCCUCAAGGCCUGAAGGUGAAAGUGGAAGAGAACACUAGAAUUACGGUAAGUGGUUAUGAUAAAUCAGAAGUUGGUCAGUUUGCUGCUUCAAUUAGGAAGUGGAGACCACCAGAGCCAUACAAAGGUAAAGGAGUUAAAUAUGCUGAUGAAAUUAUCAGAAGAAAAGAAGGUAAAGCAGGAAAGAAGAAGUAAUAAAGUUUAUAUAUUGUACUUUUUAAAAUGUUUUUCAUUGGUGUCAUGCUUGUCUAAUCAUCUGUAUAAUUGUACUGAGACUUCUAUGCAUUUCAAUGCAAGUUCAUUUCGUAACGAGUUAAACAGCGGAGAGUAGUUGGUGUUUUGCCUCUUCGGAUUUUAGACAAAAAUCUGUAUCCUUUCGUCUCAUUUAUUCGACGUUACUUUCUAUUUA